AUGGCUCCAGACAUCAAUGCCAUGGCCAACUGGGCUACUGAUGGAUAUGCUAAUAACCAGGUUCCACGAAAGGAAGAGUAUGAAAUUCCAGGCCUCCAGGCGGAUUCGCUCGUUGACAUCAUGUGA